GCGCGCUGGGUUUGGUUGGCGGUGGCGGCGGCUGCGCCAUUGGCGGGUAGGAAAUGCCGCCAGAUGGCGGUUUAGGAUUGCAGCUCUACUGAGGUGCGGCCCCCAGCACCACCGCCUGUUCGUUCCGGCCCGGCUUGGCCCCGGCCCGCCUGGACCCAUCUCCCGUGGCACCGUAGGAUUCCCGGGGGCGCUGCCUCAGCUGAGGUUGGAUUUGAAAAUAAUUACGAAGACAUUGACAGAUACCUCUACAAGAUAUCUUUUUGGUUACAUUAGCAGGUCAUAGUACGCAACAAAAUGAUUACUUCAGAGUUACCAGUGUUACAGGAUUCUACAAAUGAAACUACUGCCCAUUCAGAUGUUGGUAGUGAAUUGGAAGAAACGCAACUGAAGGGGAAAAGAAAACGUGGUCGUCCUGGUAGACCUCCAUCUGCCAAUAAGAAGCCUCGAAAGACUCCAGGAGAGAAGUUUCGCUCUGAAACUGGAAUUAGAGGAACAGGUCGAGGAAGAGCUAAUGGCCAUCCUCAGCAGAAUGGAGAAGGGGAUCCUGUUACUUUGUUUGAUGUUGUGAAGAUGGGCAAAAGUGCUAUGCAGUCCGUGGUAGAUGACUGGAUUGAAUUGUAUAAGCAAGACAGGGAUAUAGCACUGCUGGAUUUAAUCAACUUCUUCAUCCACUGUUCAGGAUGCCGAGGAACUGUGCGGAUUGAAAUGUUUAGAAACAUGCAAAAUGCAGAAAUUAUCAGGAAAAUGACUGAAGAAUUUGAUGAGGACAGUGGCGAUUAUCCACUUACAAUGCCUGGGCCACAGUGGAAGAAAUUCCGAUCAAAUUUUUGUGAAUUCAUAGGAGUACUAAUACGACAAUGUCAAUAUAGCAUCAUCUAUGAUGAAUAUAUGAUGGACACAGUGAUCUCAUUGCUGACUGGUUUGUCAGAUUCGCAGGUUCGAGCUUUCAGACAUACUAGUACACUUGCUGCUAUGAAGCUUAUGACUGCUCUUGUGAAUGUUGCCUUAAACCUGAGUAUUCAUCAGGAUAAUACACAAAGACAGUAUGAAGCUGAAAGGAACAAAAUGAUUGGUAAAAGAGCUAAUGAAAGACUGGAGCUGCUUCUUCAAAAAAGGAAAGAGUUGCAAGAAAAUCAGGAUGAAAUUGAAAAUAUGAUGAAUUCCAUUUUCAAGGGAAUAUUUGUCCAUAGAUAUCGUGAUGCUAUUGCUGAGAUUAGAGCUGUUUGUAUUGAAGAAAUUGGAGUGUGGAUGAAAAUGUACAGUGAUGCCUUCCUGAAUGAUAGUUAUUUAAAAUAUGUUGGUUGGACACUUCAUGACAGACAAGGUGAAGUGAGGUUGAAAUGUCUGAAAGCUUUGCAGAGUUUGUAUACCAACAGAGAAUUGUUCCCCAAAUUGGAGCUAUUUACAAAUAGAUUUAAGGAUCGCAUUGUAUCAAUGACACUUGAUAAAGAAUAUGAUGUUGCAGUAGAAGCCAUUCGAUUAGUCACACUUAUACUUCAUGGAAGUGAAGAAGCUUUGUCCAAUGAAGACUGUGAGAAUGUUUAUCAUUUGGUAUAUUCGGCACAUCGGCCUGUUGCUGUAGCAGCAGGGGAAUUCCUUCACAAAAAACUAUUUAGUCGGCACGAUCCUCAAGCAGAGGAAGCACUAGCCAAGAGGAGAGGACGGAAUAGUCCAAAUGGGAAUCUUAUUAGGAUGCUGGUUCUUUUCUUUCUUGAAAGUGAGUUACAUGAACAUGCUGCUUAUUUGGUGGACAGUUUAUGGGAAAGCUCUCAAGAAUUGUUAAAAGACUGGGAAUGCAUGACAGAAUUGCUACUAGAAGAACCUGUCCAAGGAGAAGAAGCGAUGUCUGAUCGUCAGGAAAGUGCACUUAUAGAGUUAAUGGUAUGUACAAUUCGACAAGCUGCAGAAGCACACCCUCCAGUGGGCAGAGGAACUGGCAAGAGAGUUUUAACAGCAAAAGAAAGAAAAACUCAGAUAGAUGAUCGGAACAAGCUAACCGAACAUUUUAUUAUUGCACUUCCCAUGCUCCUAUCAAAGUAUUCUGCUGAUGCAGAGAAGGUAGCAAAUCUUCUUCAAAUUCCUCAAUAUUUUGACUUAGAAAUUUACAGUACAGGAAGAAUGGAGAAGCAUUUGGAUGCUUUGUUGAAACAAAUUAAAUUUGUUGUAGAGAAGCAUGUGGAAUCAGAUGUUCUUGAAGCCUGCAGUAAAACAUACAGCAUUCUGUGCAGUGAAGAAUAUACCAUUCAGAACAGGGUUGACAUAGCUCACAGCCAGCUCAUUGAUGAAUUUGUGGAUCGAUUCAACCAUUCUGUGGAGGAUCUAUUAAAUGAGGGAGAAGAAGCUGAUGAUGAUGAUGUAUACAAUGUUCUUUCUACUUUAAAGAGAUUAACAUCAUUUCACAAUGCUCAUGACCUUACAAAAUGGGAUUUGUUCAGUAACUGCUACAGGUUAUUGAGGACUGGAAUUGAACAUGGAGCUAUGCCAGAACAGAUAGUGGUUCAGGCUCUUCAGUGUUCCCAUUAUUCUAUUCUCUGGCAGCUGGUAAAAAUUACAGAAGGAUCUCCUUCAAAAGAAGAUUUAUUGGUAUUAAGGAAAACAGUCAAAUCAUUUCUGGCUGUCUGCCAACAAUGUCUGUCAAAUGUCAACACUCCAGUAAAAGAGCAGGCUUUUAUGCUGCUCUGUGAUCUCUUGAUGAUUUUUAGCCAUCAGCUGAUGAGUGGAGGCAGAGAAGGUCUUCAACCUUUGGUGUUUAAUCCAGAUUCCGGUCUCCAGACUGAACUUCUUAGCUUUGUAAUGGACCAUGUCUUCAUUGACCAGGAUGAUGAGAACCAGAGCAUGGAGGGAGAUGAAGAAGAUGAAGCUAAUAAAAUCGAAGCUUUACACAAGAGAAGGAAUCUUUUGGCUGCCUUUAGUAAACUUAUAAUUUAUGAUAUUGUAGAUAUGCAUGCGGCAGCUGAUAUCUUCAAGCAUUACAUGAAGUACUACAAUGACUAUGGUGAUAUCAUUAAGGAGACAUUGAGUAAAACAAGACAAAUCGAUAAAAUUCAAUGUGCAAAAACUCUCAUUCUCAGUUUACAGCAGCUAUUUAAUGAGCUUGUUCAAGAGCAAGGUCCUAACUUGGACAGGACAUCUGCCCAUGUCAGUGGCAUUAAGGAGCUGGCCCGUCGUUUUGCUCUUACCUUCGGUCUGGACCAGAUAAAGACAAGAGAAGCUGUAGCCACGUUACACAAAGAUGGCAUAGAAUUUGCAUUUAAAUAUCAAAAUCAAAAAGGACAGGAAUAUCCACCUCCUAACCUUGCUUUCCUGGAAGUACUUAGUGAAUUUUCAUCUAAAUUAUUACGACAGGACAAGAAAACUGUUCACACAUAUUUGGAGAAAUUCCUAACAGAACAAAUGAUGGAAAGGAGGGAAGAUGUAUGGCUUCCAUUGAUUUCCUAUAGAAAUUCAUUAGUGACAGGUGGUGAGGAUGAUAGGAUGUCUGUGAACAGUGGGAGCAGCAGUAGCAAAACUUCUUCUGUCCGAAAUAAGAAAGGUCGACCUCCACUUCAUAAAAAAAGAGUUGAAGAUGAGAAUAUUGAAGGCUCGUGGCUGAAUAGAAACGACAGCAUCCAGACCCCAGGUGCUCUACAGGCACCUCAGCUCACUUCAACAGUGUUGAGAGAAAACACUCGACAAAUUGGGGAGCAAAUACCAGAGCACGAGUCAGAACCUGGAUCUGAACAAGAUUUUUUAAACAAUCCUCAGAUGCAAAUAUCUUGGUUGGGUCAGCAGAAAUUGGAAGAUUUAAGUCGAAAAGACAGGACGGGAAUGAACUACAUGAAAGGAAGGAGUGGUGUGAGACAUACAGUGCGGGGUCUCAUGGAAGAUGAUGCUGAGCCCAUCUUUGAAGAUGUAAUGAUGUCUUCCCGAGGUCAGCUCGAGGAUAUGAAUGAAGAAUUCGAAGAUACCAUGGUUAUUGAUUUGCCUCCUUCAAGGAACCGACGGGAAAGAGCUGAAUUGAGGCCAGAUUUUUUUGAUUCUGCAGCUAUCAUUGAAGAUGAUUCAGGAUUUGGAAUGCCAAUGUUCUAAAAUCUGGUGAAGACAUACAAAUUUGGAACUCUGUUCUUUAGAGCUCAAGGCCUAUAUACUGUGAUAGCUAAUAUUAAAACCACAUUUUGAUGUGAUUUGGUUUGAUUUUUAACCAAAUGAUUAAGGUCAUUUCCUUUUUGUAAUGACAGAGAAGAGGAGCUUCUGAAUGAAACAAAUAUUGGCCAAUCAGUCAACUCAGAAAGGCUGACCUACAAAUCAUUUAUUUUCUCUGUCCUUGACAGUCCUAAUACAGGUUUUUUUCUUGGAUAGGGAGAAGCUUUUAAAUUAAGACUAUACAAUUCUACAUAUGUUUUCAGAAAACAUUGAAUGAAAACAAAACUUUUUAACUUUAUUUUUCUGCUGUACAACUUCAAAAUGUUUUAACAUUUGCCUUUUUAUGUUUUAGAAGCUAGCCAUUUUUAUUAAAUUUAUGCCUGUCAGCCAUUGACCAGCAGCAAUGCUAAUCAGCAAGCCAUCCUGGUUGGAGAAGUGUUGUUAAACACACUGAAUAUGACUAGCAGUAUGGUACACUUCUAGAUCUUCUCUGACCAUUGAGAGCGGAACAGUCUCACAAAAGAUGUUAGAAGUCAGAUGUGUGCAUCUCUGCCAAAAAGUCAGAUUCUGAAAAGAAAAAAAACAGAUUUUAUACUUCUGAGAAGAUUUAUUUUUAUUUAUAAUGGGGCAUAAGAAUAAGAGAUGUCCAUGAAGCCACUUUUCCAACAGAUGCUGUGUAACAUUCAUUUUAUAUAGCACUAGGGGAACACACAAACAGCACAUUUUCUAUUGGUACUUGUUCUGUGCAUUUUUAGCAACUUAUACCAGCAAAUAAAAUAUUCUCAGUAAAAUAAACCAGUGGUUCUACAGUAAUCUAUUUGCUGUUUCUACUACCUAUUUCACUCCCCAUCAGACCUGAGGUACAAAAGCAGCAACUUUCUUACGAAGCAUAAAUCACAAAGGGAAAAAGGGGGGUGCGGGUGGGACAGGAGCGGGACAGGACACUUACAUUUUCAAAGCAAUUUUAACUGUACCAUAGAGAAGUGUUUAUCUUUCCAUGCCGUAAAUAUCCUUUUGUGCUAUUUUUGUAAAUUAAUUUUGCCAAUUAGAUUUAUUGUAUGUGCUGCAUAGAAAUUGUAUUUAGAUGGUGACGUUUUAAGCUUACAAUGGAAUACAGCUACAGUCUCAGUGUUAACUGUGCAUUAUUAAGAGUAAUUACUAUAUGAUCUUUAAGCAGUUCAAUCCAAAAAAUAAUAAGCUGAAUCAUUGUUCUAAGAAAUUUUCCAUGGUGUUCAGUGAUCUGGUCUUUUAUUCUGCUUAAAUAUUACAAUUCUUCCUGGUAGCUGCUAAAGAAUUUUUUCUUCACUUGUUGUGAGCGUAGCUCCAGCUAAUAAGAACAUCUGUUAAAAUGAGGCCAAACUAAUAAUCUCUUUUUUCCUCUUUUGGGGGAAUUUGAAUGUAAGAAACUCAGAAGCCGACCUUAACUCAUAUUUGAUACAUCCACUGUAGAAGUGCUUUUAUAUAACAAGUGCAAAACAACUGUAGUCUUCUCUCUUUUUAAAAGGUCCUUUAAUGAAUUUAAAUUAUAUUUAAUGCAUAUCUGUUGAAACUUAAAAUUUUAAGAUCAAAUAAUGCUACUUUCAUUUAGCAGUUGAGACUUUUACCUCUAAUAUUUGUACUUGUCUCAAAAUUAUGGUUACCAAAAACAUUUGACCCACUAAUUCAGCCAUUCCUUUAACGUAGCUGUUUAGAAAUUUUAAAGUUGCUAAAGACACUGGGCUGGUGCUUCAGGACAAAGUGCAAGUUCUCUUGAAAAAGUGGUAAAAAUUAUUGCAAGUAGCCCUUCAAUUUGAUGGGCAGAAUCAUACUGUCCUUGGUUUGAACCCAACAUAGGCAAGUCUUGUGCCCCACCACCCUUGAGAUGAAAAACUGAAAUGUCAUUGAUCAUUACAGAAUUCUGUAAAACAAAAGCUGUUUGCAAGCAAGUUACCUCCAAUGGGUUUCCAGUUUAGUUUUCAGUCAGUAGGGUUUUUUUUAAUGUGUCUCCUUGAUUGGUUUUGCUAGUAAUUCUGUAAAUUGUACAUUUACAACAUGAGGGUUUUUUUCCUUUUGUACAAUUUAAAACUGAUGCUUCACUUUUCCUUUAAUAAACUCCUCAAAAUCAUAUGUCCAGUAGAGUCCUUUCCACAAAAGCAUUUCAAAUUAGUGCUUUCUCUUCCGUUUGCCUUCCAUUUUAAAAAAUCUUAUAGUGAAGCUUGAAAAGCUGGAUUCAUUGCACUUGUCAUAAUUACUUAUGUUACUGCAUGCCCAUUUCUAGGAAAAUAUAUUAUUUUCUGAGUGAAAACAAAAAAUGUUUAUGAUCCCUCUGUAUCACAGAUGUGGAAUUUGGGCAUAGUAUUGUUCUGGAACAUUCUGUAGCUCAGUUUUCACAGGAAGUCUUUAUUAAGAUCACAUAGUAACAUUAUAAGAAACCUUUUUUAGGUAAUAAGUAGACCAUUGUUCUUCCGGAGUUUUCCAUAUUUAUUCCAUCUUUUAAGUUAUUUGGUUGAUUCCCUUAAUUAGUUUUUGAUUGAAUGAUUGAUUACAUUUUUAUCUUUUGGUCUUUAACUUUUGACCGCCCUCAGAGUUAGGUUGUAAUAAUUAUUUUCCUCUAAAGGUACUGUGACUUGUUUAUGGACUAUGGUGCCCCAAACUGGAUACAAUGUUCUUGGAAGAUUCUGAUGCAGAAUAUGUAGAAGAGUGAUUUUCAUGCUCAUCAUAUUUUUAUUGAUUGUGCCUGGGAUUGCAUUUCCUUUUUUGAGGGAGUGGGAGAAUAGCAGGAGUGGCAUCACAAGGUUGGUUCAUGUUCAGCUGAUUUUCCACUAUCUGUAGAUAUUCUUCAUACAUACUGCUACCAAAUUCCUCCCAUCCCAUAUUUAUACCUUGAUUCAGCCAGCAUUGUAUCUAUCCAAUCCCUUUUUUGUAAAGCAAAUGGCCUCUUUGCCAUUAAAAGAUAAGUACUAGUUUCAUCAGUCAAUUGAUUUGAGUUUAGAAUUGUCAUCUUUUUUAAAAAAUGGAUUUUUGUACAAAUGAUUGUAUAAUUGAACAAAAAUUGCUACUCGGAGCUUUUCUGUAGUGCUAAUGCAACAUCUUUCAAAUCCUCAGGUAAUGUUUUGUUCCAUUUUUUAUCUUUGAAAAUGGUAAUUUUAACACCUAUAUAUUUAUACGAUGCAAUAGUGAAUUAUGUAGCUUUAGAAAUGGCUAUAUCAUGGCAUGAAGAUAAGGUUAUCUUACAGCCACAUUCUUACUUUUGUAUUCUAGUUGUACUAACAUAGUCUAGUUCCCAGUUUCCAUGUUAGCCAGGACAGGACUUAUUGUGGACUCCGUUACAUUGUUCUGCCAAAAUUUCUGCAGCGUUAAGUUUGCAUGCACACAUUUAGUACAGUAUAAAUUUAUAGAGAGCUGUUCAGUAACUAGUUACAAAUAAGCAAUUUCUUGUGUUCGUUGAUUGCCCUUUUGAAAAAUAAGAUUUCCCAUUGCUCACAUGUUCAAAUAAGUAGCAUUUCAAGGACUAUGUGAAAGUGAAAUCAAGUGGAAUUGUGAUCUGAAAUGUGUCCAAACUCUACACAUUUCAUGAGCUGGUAGAGCCGUGCUCUAAAAAUCUGACAUUCCACUUCCUAGUUCAGGAGUUUUGCCAAAAUUGCAAAUUAUAUAAAUUUACAGAAAAAUUGCUUGAAUGGAAAGUACAUCAUGUUGAUUGAAAAUUCUAGUUUUAUUCAUAUCUGGAGGAUAUCAGUUAGAAAAAAAAAUGUUUAAUAAAUAUUCAUUGUCAGUGCCAACUGUUAAUUUAGAAUCUUAAUAAACUACAAUAGUUUAAUUAUAUUUUUGUCUGUAAGAGAAAUAAGAAACUUAACUAGAUUCUCUCCUUGAUAUGAACAUGCUCAAAUUGGACUAUAAAAAGACUGAGUCCAUGUAACUUUUACAAGGCUCAGCAAGAAUUUACAAUUUAAAGGCUGAAAAUAAUGCUCUCAGCAAUGAUGAAAGGUAGAUAACAGAAAGAAUAUAUUUUAUUUUAUCUGUUUUUAAUGGUAUGUGUCAGAUGCUUCUGUAUUAUCUGCACAAAAGAUUUAAAAUCAUGGAUAGUGUGCUUUAAUUGUAUUCAAAUUUUGGUAUGUUAAUGUAUAUAAUUUCAAAA